AUGAUUUAUUAUUCAUCAGAUAAUAAUUUCAAAUGGUUAUCACCAUUCAAUAAUCGGAAUAAAUUAGCAACACUAUGUACUCAUGAUAAUCGACAAUUAAUUAUGCAUCAUUCUGGUGCAUCUUUGCUUUAUCGUUUAUUUCGACAUGACGCAUUAUGUUGGCGUGAAAGUGAACGUUACGUAUCACCACGUCAUACUGCAUUAGUAUGGUUUAUGCAGGCGCUACAAUAUUGUGAAGUGAAUCAUAUUUUAAACUGGCAGAAAUCUGAAAUUCACUAUAAUCGAACAUUUCAAAUAUUAAUUGCACGAGCUGCCUUUGCUUUGGUAUGUCAUCAAACUAAUGAUAUUAAUCUUUAUGGAUUGAUAAAAUAUGCAGAUUUGUUCAGAAUGCUUUUCGAGGAUAAUAAUACGGAUCGCAGCAUUAUUUGUCAACAAAUACAGAAGACAAACAAAGGUUUAUUACAACGUUGUCUUACAGACAAACCAGGUGAUAAGCUACUUUUUCUUAAUAAGAUGUGUUCGGGACAUUCAAUGGUCCGAUUGAUUAAGAUGAAAACAUUUUUUCAACGUUUUGCUAGAAACUGCCAUACAUUGCAUGAUUUUACCAUUAAUAUACUACCAAAAUACUCAUCAUUUGGUGAAGCUCUCUCAAAUGAUAUAUAUUUUAUGAAUUUAUUAAGUAAUUAUCUCAUAUCAACAAUGAAUAGUGACAGUCGAUUAUUGGAAAUUGUUUCGAAAACACGCUUCCAUCUUCAACUCUUCAGCAUUAUCGCUGUAAAAUUACGGUAUAAACUCGAUGAAACUAAAAUGUUAGCAUUCGAUUUUAAAUAA